AUGCCCUCACUCAAAAACUGUGGCAUCAACAUUUUGUUGAUUGCUCUAUUCGCAGCGAUCCUCGCCAUCGCUCACCAAACGCCACUUGUCAAUGGUAAAGAAGUUCAAGUUAGACACACUAAAGACGCUAUCCACAUUACCAUUAAUGUUGGAGAUAGUUCUUCAUCAUCAUCUUCACAAGGAGUUGAUCCAACUACUGAAUCCAUUGUUUCAAAAUUCAAACAAGUCAUUGGAAAGGAAGAAGAAAAGCAAUUGGCUGAAAAGUUCUUGCGUUUGGCAAGCAGAGUCAAGGCUAUUCAUGAUGCCAUUCCAGAAUCUAGUCAAGACGCACUCAUCAUGAAACAAGAAUUGUUGGCCAUUGUGAAGGAAUUCACAGUGAGAGCUGAACAUCCAGGUGCUGACUUGUUGAAGGAUACUUUGAAAGAUGUUGUUAAAGCUGGAGAAAAAGCUGCUUCCUCUGAUAACUCUGGAACACAAACUUUGUGGCUUUCCACUGCUAUUGGUAUUGCUAAUGGUGCCGUUAACUUUGUUGAUGGUAUUGGUACCUAUGCUGGAAAGAUUUCCAAAGUUUCUAAAUUCAUUUCUGGUCCAGUUGCCAACAAGUUGGACAAGUGGGGUCUUAAAGGAAUGAGUUCCUUCGCCAAAAACACUGGUAACGCUGUCGACAAGUUUGCCACUGAAAAAUUGAAGCCAUUCGAAGAUAAAAUUGCCAAGAAGAUUGCUCCAGUUGUCAAAUCCAAGGGAUUCCAAGCUGCCAAGAGAACAUUGAACGUUGUUGCUGGUGCACUCAGUAUUCGUAACGGUUUGAAGAAUUUGGGAAUGGUCAAGAACGUCAAAUUGCCAAGAUCAUUCAAGGCUCUCAAGGGAUCUUUGACCAAGGCUACUUCUGCACUCAAGAAUAGAAAGGCUAUCAUGAAUGUGAUUAGAAAGAGUCCAGCUAAGGCUCUCAAUAACUUUAAGAAGUUGAGUACUUUCAAGAAGUUGAGCACUGCUUGGGCAUUCAAGAGUGGUAUUGGUAAUAUUAAGAAGGGUCUCACUGGAAAUAAGCAACAACAAAACAAGCAAGCUAACAGAUCCACAAGAAAUUCUGGUAGAUCCUCAGGUAGAUCCUCAGGUGGUAGAUCGGGAAGAUCCUCAGGCGGUAGAAGCUCUGGAAGAUCUUCAGGAAGAUCAUCUGGUAGAAGCUCUGGAAGAUCCUCUGGUGGUAGAUCCUCAGGAGGUAGAUCGGGAAGAUCCUCUGGUGGUAGAAGCUCUGGAAGAUCCUCUGGCGGCCGUCGUAGAUAA